UCACGCAUCUAUGUGAUGAAGACCAUCUUGAAGAGCUGGUAAUCAAGAUACUUUUUUUUUUUAGUCAAACACCCUGUACGUAGACGUCCCUAAUGACGUGUUGGAAGGAGUCUAUUCCGGUGGAGUCUCUCUUAAUAACAUUUGCACUGGGUUUUCUGGCACUGUGGCUCGUCUGAUUUGUGAUUUUACCAGUAGCAAUCCACCUCCAGCUAAUAUAAUGGUCAUUUCCGACGCAAAAUCCUUCACUGAUUCUUCCCGCCUAGAAUCAAGGGGAUACAACAUUCUUCGAUGUGAUUCUCUUGAAAGCUUUUUUCUGGCAGAUUCAGGGGCACUUGACGAUGAUAAAUGCAGUGAGUCUGCCUUCUGGAUUUGCUCAUUAUGCCACAUGGAUCUUGGUGGCCAAGGCUUUGAUAAUUACACCACUCAUGUUAAUAGUAGGCGACAUCAACGGGAGUUGUUGUUGGACGACUUGCCUUCGAAUCAACGUUUUACUCGUGCGGAACCUCCCAGACCAAUUUUCACUCGUACGGAAACAAAGAAAAAGUGUGCCAAGAAGUGUGGACGUGAAGAAGAAGAGGUAUAGCCGAAGGUUGGUUUAAUUAGUAUGCUUAUUUUCAAGUCUCUUUUUUCCUUUUUUUUUUUUUUCCGAAGAUUGGACGGAUUUAGCUUAAAGGUUGCAUUUAAAUAUUGUGAUUUGUGAGCACUGGCUCGCGCUCUGAUGUUAUCUCGUUAGAUCUUA